UGACGAGUCAAAGCUAGAAGCCUGUGGACAUGAGCCUGAAGCAGAGGAGUCUACUACGACUCCCAAGGCGGGGAGGCUGUGAGGAGACACCCUCCAGUCGGACACGGAGUUCUGGGACAAGAUGCAGGCGGAGUGGGAGGAGCUUGCCCGCAGGAACUGGUUGGAGGAGUCUGAGGACCAGGGGCCGAUCCCGCCCACCGUCUCACCUGCAGAGAAGGGUUACUACUUCAACACCAACAACCCGUACCAGGACUGGCCCAAUGCCUUCGCCGAGGGUCAGGAGAAGGCUCGGGAGGGAGACCUGAACGCUGCCGUGCUGCUGCUGGAGGCCGCCAUCCUGCAGGACCCGCAGGACUCUGAGGCCUGGCAGCUGUUAGGAAUGACUCAGGCUGAGAACGAGAACGAGCAGGCCGCCAUCGUGUCGCUGCAGAGGUGUCUGGAGCUCCGCCCCAACAACCUGCCGGCCCUCAUGGCGCUCGCCGUGAGCUUCACCAACUGCAGCAUGCAGCGGGAGGCCUGCGACGCUCUGCGCCGCUGGAUCAGCCACAACCCCCGAUACAAACACCUGGUCCUGGACCGCAGGAGCUCGCUGCAGGGCUCCCCGGCCACGCCUCGCAGGGGCCCCCACGCCUCCACGCCAGCCAGGUCUGAGCUGCAGGACGUGCUGCUUCUCUUCCAGGACGCGGCUCUGCUGAAUCUGGACUGUGUGGAUCCAGACCUGCAGACCGGACUAGGAGUCCUCUUCAACCUCAGCUCCGACUUCAACAAGGCUGUGGAGGCUUUCACUGCAGCGCUGUCCGUCAGGCCGCAGGACUACCUGCUGUGGAACCGUCUGGGGGCGACGCUGGCGAACGGCGACCGCAGCGAGGAGGCGGUGGAGGCGUACACGAGAGCUCUGGAGCUGCAGCCCGGAUUCAUCCGGUCCAGAUACAACCUGGGGAUCAGCUGCAUCAACCUGGGAGCUCACAGGGAGGCGGUCAGUAACUUCCUGACGGCUCUGAACCAGCAGAGGCGGAGUCAGCGCUGCAGCCACCAGCAGAUGUCUGCCAACAUCUGGGCCGCCCUGCGGAUCGCCGUCUCCAUGAUGGACCGACCCGAGCUGUUCCAGGCCGCCCACGUCGGGGACCUGGACCUGCUGAUGCGGGCCUUCGAUGUGGGCGACGUCUGACGGGGCCACCCGCCUUGUCCGGAGGGGGAGGCGGGUCGGACAGUUUGGUUUGAAACCAAAGAGCCGGCGGCGGCGGCAGCAAUACAACAGCACAACCCUUUAGCUUCCUGUUUCUAACGCGCAGCGAGGCGCCGUCUGUUCAGGGCGUCUGAAGGUCCUUCAGUCCUCAAAUGUUUAUUACUCCGUUUCACGCGUCCAGAAUAUGUGUGUUUUAAAGGGCACCUGUAACCACGGCCAGCAGUGAUGUCACAGCGUACCGUGACAUCACUGCUGCUCUGUAAACAUCCUGUACUUCAUGGCUUUCUUUUCUGACGUCCACCGUUUAUAACCAAUGAGAUUUCAGUCUGAAACUCGUCCUCCACGUUUCCGCUCGCUUCUGCUGCUGCGCUCGAAACUCAGCACAUCCUGCACAGAUGUUUCACAAUAAAAGCCUUCCCGAAACGCAACAUCUGCAGUGAAGGAACAGCAAAGUAGAAGCGAGUGGAAGGAAUCAUGAGUUCCAGUGAUCUGAUGUUUGAAGGCCUGGGAGGAGGUGGAACACGCCACACUUCCUUGUGGCUUGAGUCUCUGUCCAACUUGGUUUUAGUUCCUGUGAAACGUCCGAACCUGCUGCUUCUCUGAACACUUUAUAUUCUUCUGACAUGUAGCUGCACAUCGGCUGAAUCUUUACACAGAAAACGUCCUUCAGACUUUAAACGACGGACACCAGGUGGAUCCGCUCACCUGGCAGCCGUCCGUCCAGUCAGGCUUCUUCAUCCGGAGAUGGGAAGUGAAGGAAAAGUUAGCAGAGUUAUUAAGAAUUAAACGAUUUGAGAUGAUUUUAUUUAUGAAAACUUUCUGUAAAGUUUCCUCCUUUAUGAACGUUUGGGGAACAUUGAAACAUGGCAGCGUUCUCAGUUUAGUUAAUUCCGCAGUCAGGACAGCUGAACUGCAGAAGUAAGUAUUAAUUGGCAUUAAUAAUUAUUUUAUUGAUGUUUUUCAUGUCACUGGUUUUCAGUUUCCCGUCACCGUCUUUGGCGUUGAGGCAAAGACAAUCUGCAUACUAAUGAGAAAACCCUUCCUGAGGCAGCGUCCUCUCUGACGGCUUCCACGAGUCCACACGACUGUUUCUGCCGUCGGUUUUCAAAUAAAACCAAACGUUAGUUAGCUGACGUGUGCAAGCUAACGUUAGCGCUUGUUCCAGCGGAUCGCUGCCAGCGUGGCGUCCCUCAGUCCUGGUUCUAUGUGAGAAAACAGACGUAACACACCUGCAGUCCUGGAGUUCAGGUGAACUCAUGGAACCCCAAAGAGUUUAAAACUGAAAAAUCUGAAAAAAUAUAUCAAAAUUUAAGAAUAAUGAAUGCCAGAGUUUCGUUUUUCAGUUUUUGUUUUGAGUGCCAUAAUGUAAAGGAACUCGGAAAUCUGAUCGGAUUAGAAAUCUGACCAUGUUUAUGUUUCUACAAUCGAAAAUGAAUAAAACAAAAAAAA